CAGCUGACUAGCUGAGCUGCCCGCCCGCCCGCCUCCGAAGCAAAUUAGCUGAGGCGUUGCGUUGCAUUGCAUUGCCCCAAGCUAGCAAAUACUACUUGACACUGCAAUUAGCUAGUUAGCAGCUAGCUAGCUGACGACGGACGGACGGACGGACGCAACGACCGUGCCCGCCACGCGCCAUCAUGGUCGUCGUCGACACGGGGAAGAAGGCCGAUCAUCUUCAGGACGAGCAGCAGGUGGUGGUCCGACAAGCUGCUGCUGCUGAUGUUGUUGUGAAUGAUGAUGACCACCACCAGCAGCAAGAGCAACUAAUACUGGUGCGCAAGAUCUCCGGUCUGGCCGCGGCCAUCGGCAAGCUGCCGUCCCUGCGCCCCUCCCCCGAGGUGAACGCGCUCUUCACUGAGCUGGUGGCGGCCUGCGUCCCGCCCAGCGCCGUCGACGUCGACAAGCUGGGGCCGGAGCUGCAGGCGAUGCGCGCCCGCCUGAUCCGCCUCUGCGCUGACGCCGAGGGCCUGCUGGAGGCGCACUACUCCGACCUGCUGGCCGGCUUCGACAGCCCGCUCGACCACCUCGCGCUCUUCCCCUACCUCUCCAACUACCUCCUGCUGAGCGAGCUGGAGCACGGCCUGCUGGCGCGCCACGUGCCCGGCCCGCCGCCGGCGCGCGUCGCCUUCCUGGGGUCCGGCCCGCUGCCGCUGAGCUCCCUCGUGCUGGCGGCGCGCCACCUGCCGGCCGCGUCCUUGGACAACUACGACAUGUGCGGCGAGGCCAACGAGCGGGCGCGGCGCCUGGUGCGCGCCGACGCCGACCUGGGCGCGCGCAUGGCGUUCCGCACAGCCGACGCGGCCCUGCUGACGCGCGAGCAGCUGGCGUCCUACGACGUGGUGUUCCUGGCGGCGCUGGUGGGGGUGACCGCCGAGGACAAGGCGCGCGUGCUCCACCACCUGGGGCGCCACAUGGCCCCCGGCGCCGCGCUCGUGGUGCGGAGCGCGCACGGCGCCCGGGCCUUCCUGUACCCGGUGGUGGACCCGGAGGAGAUCCGGCGGGGCGGCUUCGAUGUGCUGGCUGUGCACCACCCGGAGGGGGAGGUCAUCAACUCGGUCAUCAUCGCGCGCAAGCCCGUCGCCGGCGGGGUGGUGGAGCACGGGCACGGGGCGGCGGCGCUGAUGAGCGGGCGGCCGUGCCUGUGCUGCGAGAUGGAGGCCCGCCGGGCGGCGCAUCACAAUCACAAGAUGGAGGAGGCCGUGGCCAUGCCCAUGCCCAUGCCCAUGGGGGAUUGAGCAGCUGCCGCCAUGCAUCCUCCUAGAUUAAUCGAUCCACCGAUCCAUACCUACCUACGCAGUCUGCAGCGCCGCCAUCCUAUAUUCCUAUCCUAAUCCUAUCCUAUCCGCCAAUAAUCCAAGAUUAUUAUUUGUUGAUGGAUGAUGAAUUACUACGUGUUCGUGUGAGUGCUGGAGAGCGGGCCGUUAUCAAUUAAUUACUAGCACAUGUAUGUAUGUAUUGUAAUAAUCGGAGAAAAUUAUAUCUUUGUUUUGAGGUACGCCAGGGAGGCGUUCGAUCGAUCUGUCCGCCAGAUGCUGCUGCUUUUUAUAUGAUGUGUGUUUGGAGCCUGGGCUUCUCCGGCCAAUGCAAUUAAUUAAUUAAUUAAGCAUC